GCACCAAGAGGGAGGGACCAGAACCCAAUAGACACAGGUAAAGGACGUAAUCACAGUCACUUCGCCGUCAAGAUGAAGAGGCUACUGUCGUUUAUUGCUGCAGCUGUGUUCGUCGGAUGUUGCCAAGGGUGCGAUCAGGGCUAUGAGCAGGUCGGAGACGCCUGCCUGGCCUUCCACCUCGGCUCGGCAUAUAACUGGACAGAGGCGGACGUGGUAUGCAGUGAACAGUACGGAGGUGUUCUGGCCAAGGUGACGAGUGCCUCCGACCUCAGAGCCAUCUACGAGUAUAUCAUUACUUACGGGCUGACUGAUUCCUUCUGGCUUGGCGGAUCCGAUCUGCUGGCCGAGGGUGACUGGGUGUGGCUGGCUGACAGUAGCAGAGUGUCUAAGGCAACUCCUUUCUGGGCCCUUGCCAAUGGUCUCUUCGGCUACAUCCACGAGCCAUCUGGAGGCCAAGAAGAGAACUGCCUCCUGCUGGACAAGAAGAAGAAGUACUUUUUCAACGACGAAGACUGCGGCGCGUACCACCACCUCAUAUGCAUGCAAAUGUAGCCUAACCCCGGGAACCAUUGCCACUGCGUCCCUUAUCCGUGUCUUAAUAUCAUAUAGCAUGUAUAAAUACGACAGGUCAUUACGUUCAAUAACAACAUUAUAUUAACUUGAGUCUUGUUCUUUCAUAUCCUCGUAGAGACUAAGAACAGAUAAAGAACUACAUAGCAAAGAGACCAAUAUUUAAACUGGGCUUGUCAUAAGCUUCAAGUCGUUUCGCUCUCUUAUGUCUGUUAUUUUGCUAUGAACACUUCUUUCUUCAGAUGCUAAAAAAAAAAAGAAAA